GAGACGAGCGCCUCUCUCCUCCGCGCCCAGCACCCCCAACCUGUUCCCCGCGCGCCGUGGCGCUGCCGCCCGCGAUUCGCCGCCCGACAUGGAUUUCCUCCUGGCGCUGGUGCUCGGCUCCUCGCUCUACCUGCAGGCGGCCGCCGAGUUCGACGUGAGGUGGCCCAGGCAAAUAGUGUCUUCAGUUGGCCUGUGUCGUUAUGGUGGGAGAAUUGACUGCUGCUGGGGCUGGGCCCGCCGGUCCUGGGGACAGUGUCAGCCUUUCUACGUCUUAAGACAGAGACUAGCCAGGAUAAGGUGCCAGCUCAAAGCUGUCUGCCAGCCACAGUGCAAACAUGGUGAAUGUAUUGGACCCGACAAGUGCAAAUGUCAUCCCGGAUAUGCUGGAAAGACCUGCAAUCAAGAUGAACACCUCUACCCAACUCCUCUUGACCAAGGCAGUGAACAGCCUCUUUUCCAACCCCUGGAUCAUCAAGCCACAAGUUUGCCUUCAAGGGAUCUAAAUGAGUGUGGCCUGAAGCCGCGGCCGUGCAAGCACAGGUGCAUGAACACUUACGGCAGCUACAAGUGCUACUGUCUCAACGGAUACAUGCUCAUGCCGGAUGGGUCCUGCUCAAGUGCCCUGACGUGCUCCAUGGCAAACUGUCAAUAUGGCUGUGAUGUUGUCAAAGGACAGAUACGGUGCCAGUGCCCCUCUCCCGGCCUACAGCUGGCUCCUGAUGGGAGGACCUGUGUGGAUGUUGAUGAAUGCGUUACCGGAAGAGCCUCCUGCCCUCGAUUUAGGCAGUGUGUCAACACUUUUGGGAGCUACGUCUGCAAGUGUCAUAAAGGCUUCGACCUCAUGUACAUUGGAGGCAAAUACCAAUGUCAUGAUAUAGAUGAAUGCUCCCUUGGUCAGUAUCAGUGCAGCCGCUUUGCUCGAUGUUACAACGUACAUGGGUCCUACAAGUGUAAAUGUAAAGAUGGAUACGAGGGUGAUGGACUGAAUUGUGUGUAUAUUCCAAAAGUCAUGAUUGAACCUUCAGGUCCAAUUCAUGUACCAAAGGGAAAUGGUACCAUUUCAAAGGGUGAUGGAGGACAUAGUAACUGGAUUCCUGAUGUUGGAGGUACUAGGUGGCCUCCGAAGACACCAUAUAUUCCUCCUGUUAUUACCAACAGGCCCACUUCAAAGCCAACAACAAGACCUUCACCCAGGCCAACGCCAGCGCCAACCCCACCCCCAUUCCCAGAACUCGGAACUUCACCACCUGCAACAAGCCCGGAAAGCACAGGCACCCAGCUGACACCCGUAGUGCCUGUUGUCACCACCUCUCCGCGAUGGAUCACAGUUGACAACAGGAUACAGACAGAUCCUCAGAAACCCAGAGGAGACGUGUUCAUUCCACGGCAGCCUUCAAAUGACUUGUUUGAAAUAUUUGAAAUUGAAAGGGGAGUCAGUGCAGAUGAUGAAGCAAAGGAUGAUCCAGGUGUUCUGAUACACAGUUGUAACUUUGACCACGGGCUUUGUGGAUGGAUCCGGGAAAAAGACAGUGACUUGCACUGGGAACCAGUGAGAGAUCCAACAGGUGGACAGUAUCUGACAGUGUCGGGAGCCAAAGGCCCAGGGGGAAAAGCCGCUCGCUUGGUGCUACCUCUUGGCCACCUCAUGCAUUCAGGGGACCUGUGCCUGUCGUUCAGGCACAAGGUGACGGGGCUGCACUCCGGCGCGCUCCAGGUGUUUGUGAGAAAACACGGUGCCCACGGAGCAGCCCUGUGGGGCAGGAAUGGUGGCCGUGGCUGGAGGCACACACACAUCACCUUGCGAGGGGCUGACGUCAAGAGCGUCAUCUUCAGAGGGGAGAAAAGGCGUGGCCACACGGGGGAGAUCGGAUUGGAUGAUGUGAGCCUGAGAAAAGGCCACUGCUCUGAAGAACGCCAGCGGCUUCCAAACUAGCAGUGAAUUCCCUGUUGCUCUUCUCUGUCUGUGGUCUUCACCUCCUGUCCUCUCCUCCCUCUUAUCAGGCCUGGGAGAAGAACGGGCCCGUGGGUCGGGAGAAAGCCUGAUGGGGGACCCACACCCGUGGCCUGCUUUUGUGCAAUUCCAGCAAACGGUGACACCCCCCUUGAAAUACGCGGGGCCCCUGCAGACGCAUCCGAGCCAGCUUGGGUGUUACCUUCCAGCCUGCGGCUCUUUUAGGAAGGCCUUUGGCGCGUGCGCUAUCUUCCGUCCUAGUUAGGAGGCGUUUGCAGUAGUAGCAAAUGAUGGGAGACGUUUUCAAAAGAAAUCCGUGCAAAUGGCCGCUCUGUUAUCUGUUCAGUGUUGUACCAUGAGUAGUAUUGACUUCCUUUAAGCUAUGUUGUAAAAAGUGCUUGUGAAGUUGGUUUCUCCCCUUCCCUUGUUAGCUCUGGCCUGACCUGAACUCUGACUUCUACUGCCAUUCACUUUAUAAAAGAAGGGUGUGUAACCUCUCAAGAUGCAUUUAUUCUCGUUAUCUGUAUUUUUUUUUUAAAGACAGUUAUGUAGAGUGGGCACGUAAUCCCUCGUUAGUAUUGUGUUUUGUGUAAAUGUGCUAUUGAUAUUAAGUAGUUUGGUGUUCUUAGUAUUUACAGACUCUAGUUGCAAGGGGAAAGGCAGCUUGUGAUCUCUUGAAUUAAAAACUACCCAGUGAAAUGUCAUCCAGUUCCAUGACCUUAUUUUGGCAGCAAGAGAAAAUCAGAAGAGAUGUCAAGUGUGGUAGUGGAGGGAUGAAGUUUUCAUGGCCCUGAGUCUAAUCACUGUAAAGGAUAGUGAACCAUUCAGGUAGACAGGAAACUGCAGUUACCAUAUAAAACCCUCACUGUUUCAGGUUAUGCUUUAAAACCAACAGUUUUCACAAUAACAUGGCUCUCUUUGGUAAUUUGUAAAAAGCUCUGUAAAAGUUCUGGUUGUUUCAGAAAAAAGAUUCUGUUUCUGGAAGGCUGAGGGGAAGCAUGGGGAAAGCUCUGUUGGAACAGAUUUUCAUACUAAUUUUUAAGUCCAUAUAUAUUUAGGUCUUGAAUUAUGACUUACAUGCUGUCUUGUCAGUACGGGAUUGGAGGCAAGUCCUGUGCUUGGAGGCAUUUUGUUGGGAUUCACACACAUGUCAGAGCAAGAGAACAAGAUUGGAACUCUAGGAUCUAGGACCCCCCCCCCCCAAUUUCCUCCCUGGAUAUUUUACCUACAUGUUAAAAAAUAUCUAAAAAUA